GGCUCGCCGAGUAAAUCACUAAUCACCAAAUACGCCUUUUGCCCUAAAAUCAAAAUCUUUUAGACUCUACAAUACAAACCCUUGCCACGUUGAUUUCUCGCUCUCGUCUACAAUGGCAAAGCCCUAAAUCGUUGAGCGAUAUUCGUCGGAUUCGCAUAUAAAGAUUACAAAACUUCCAUAAUCCUUCUUUGUGAUCUUGUAGAUAGUACUGUUUGAUUAUUUGAUUCUUUUUUGUUUUCCGUUGAGAAUUCUAAUGGAACCUUACGAUUCUAAACAUUGAAAUCUCGAAUCUCGAUAGAAGUGAUGUGUGGAACCUUAAUAUUGAAAUAUGGAAUCCUUUUGUUCUUUGUUCAGGCUCUAUAAGAAUGGAUUCUUCAGGUUCUAAAAGAAUCGAUUCUGGUUCUAAAGAUAUGAUCAACGAUUUGCCAGACACACUUCUUUGCCACGUUUUGUCAUACCUCACUACAAAAGAAGCUGCUUCAACAUCUCUUCUCUCGAGACGAUGGCGUGACCUAGUUGUUCUUCUUCCAAACCUUGAAUUUGAUGACUCCAUCUUUCUGUAUCCUGAUAAGAGGGUAAAGAAUCCUUUACAUGAGCAAGGUUUCGUGGGUUUCGUGUAUUGGGUUAAUAAUAAAAGGCUGAAGCUUUCUACAAGCUUUCCGGAUUUUGUGGAUAGAAUCCUUGAUCUGCAAGGCAAUUCUCCUCUACACAAAUUCUCUCUAAAGAUGGUAGAUGGUCAUGAUCCAGUUGAUCCAGAUAGUGUCAUUCUUUGGAUACACAAGGUGUUGGUACGUGGUGUAUCAGAUCUCCAUCUAGCCGUGGAUUUGAAGGAAUGGACGUCAUCACUUCCCGCAAAGAUAUUCUUGACCGAGACACUGGUUAAGUUGACUCUAAAGAUUAGAGAUGGUCCUCGCAUUGAUGUGAAAGAUGUUCAUCUUCCAAAACUUAAGACUCUCUAUCUCGAGUCAGUUUCGUUUGAUAAGUAUGAUAUUGGGUUUAGCAAGCUUCUUUCUGGUUGUCCCAUGCUUGAAGAACUUGUUCUCGAUCAUAUAUGGUCAUGUGUAUGGACAUCUUGCCCUGUUUCUGUCGCCACUCUCAAGAGACUGACGUUUUGUUGUGAGAACAUGAAGUUUUGCAGUAUGCACGAGGAAAAUCCAAAUAAUGUGUCCUUUGAUACUCCAAAUCUUGUCUACUUGGAAUAUGCUGAAGUCAUAGCGAACAAUUAUCCAAAAGUAAAUUUCGAUUCGCUUGUUGAAGCCAAAAUCGAUAUUUGGAUGACAUAUGAUCAGCUAGAAGAGGUGACACUUAGAGACAAUUAUGAGAAAAACUUUAUGGUUGGCACCGCAACAGAUUUUAUAGUUGGAAUCCGCAAUGUUCAGGUUCUCUACUUAUCUGCCGACACUCUCGAGGUACUCACGUAUUGUUGCAAACAAAUACCGAUAUUCAACAACCUGACUCAUUUAACUAUCCAGAGUAAACCAAAAGUUGGAUGGAAAUCAUUACUAAAGCUGCUUAAGAAUUCUCCAAAGCUUGAAACUCUCGUCUUUCAAGGACUCCUUUAUAGAGAUACAGAGGAGGAGGGCGUUGCUAUCAUCAAAAUAGAGAAACAAAUAGAGAAGGUGAAGCAUUUUUUGGAAACAAUGCCACAUCUUGAACAACUGGUUUUACACUAUGAUUCAUCUAUUGACGGAGAUAUGAAAGUGUCAUCGCAACUUCUGAUGCUUAGUAGCUUAGCUUCACCAAAGUGCAAGGUCCAACUUAUCCCUUUCGUAACCUGAGCGUAUCAUCUACUGUUCCCACUUCGUUCGGACGAUAUGAGAGGUCCUCUUCUUUAGGAGAACAUUUAUGGUUUCUGACUUUUUGGUUAUAUCAAAACCAUAUAUGAAUAUGUCUUCCUUCUUUCGUUUAGCAUCACAGUUUUUAAGAACGUGUUUGUAUUCUUUUCCAGUUUUGGCCGACAAUGUUAACUUUCGUGUUUUGUGUGUUUCAUCUUUUUGUUUUGUAUU